AUGCCGAAGAAAAAAACAGGGCAGCGUAAAAAAGCGGAAAAGCAAAAAAUACGUCAAAAAGAAAUUAGAUCUAAAAAGGAAAAUUUAGAUUUGGUAAAAUUUCCAUGUAAUUCUGUAAUGGAAUGUGAUAAAUGUGAAAGAAAGCAAAAAAAUCGAGCAUUUUGUUAUUUUUGUCAAAGUCUUCAAAGACUUCCUACCUGUGCUCAAUGUGGGAAAGUCAAAUGCAUGCUAAAAACAGGGGAUUGUGUUGUACGCCAUGCUGGCGUGUUUACUACGGGUUUAGGAAUGGUGGGUGCGAUUUGUGAUUUUUGUGAAAGUUGGGUUUGUCAUGGAAGACGUUGUCUAACAGUUCACGCCUGUAGUUGUCCUUUACAAGAUGCAAUUUGUGUUGAAUGUGAGAGAGGUGUAUGGGAUCAUGGUGGUAGAAUUUUUAAGUGUUCAUUUUGUGCAUCUUUUCUUUGCGAAGAUGAUCAGUUUGAACAUCAAGCAUCUUGUCAAGUUUUAGAAUCGGAAAAUUAUAAGUGCCAAUCAUGUAAUAAACUUGGUCAAUAUUCCUGUCUAAAAUGUAAAAUUUGCUUUUGUGAAGAUCAUAUUAGACGAAAAGGUUUUAAAUAUGAAAAAAAUAAACCUCUUCCUUGUCCAAAAUGUGGAUUUGAAACUGCUCAAACUAAAGAUCUUAGUGUUUCUACAAGAACUCAUAAAUUUGGAAGACAGAAACAAGCUUAUUCCGAUGAUGAUGAUGGUGAUGAUCCUGAUUAUGACUUUAACAAUUCGUCUAACUACUAUUUGAAUUAUGGAGUAAAUGAUAAUGAUGUAACAGAUUCUGACAAUGAUAACAGCGGUGAUGAAGAUGACGACGACGACGACGACGAAGAAGAUGAAGAUGAUGAUGAUGAUGAUGAAGAGGAAGAUGAUGAUGAUGAUGAUGCUUGUGAUAAUGUUCAUAUUAACCAUAAAAGUGAUUGUGAUGAAAAUAAGGAUAAAAAAAUUUAA